UUACAUGCAUGUGCCACCACACACAGCUCCUCAAUGUUUUAUUGGCAGUUUCUGACAGCCAAUAUGUGUUUUUUUUUAAUUUUGUAUUUUUCUAAGUCUAAUUACUUUGUUAUUCUCCUUCCAUGCAUCCUCGGCUUUUUUUAUUAAUCCCCCCACAACCGAGCUGUCUCUCUUCUGGCAUACAGCCAAAAGAACUCACCCCUCACCCCCAUGAAGCUAUCCCUGUAAACGUUACAGCAGCUAAAUUGUGGACACUGCCUACUGGAUGAGUGUGGACCGACAUGUGGAUACAGAUGUGGACACACACCACACACUAGAAUGCUAUUCAUUCCUAAAAACAAAUGAGAUCUGGCCUUUAGCCACAGCUGGAUGAGCCUGGAGAACAUCAUUACACUGAGUGAAGAUGUUGGAGUGAAAAUAUCCUGGACUAUUUUCUGAGAAAUCACCAGAUCGCAACAGAAGACGGUGCUGAGAUCACCUGGUACCACGGUGCCAACCACAGGGCGCAGCUGGAGGAGGCACUGAGCAGCGCUGCCCACAUGGUGGAGGCCGAUGUGCUGCUCGCCAGUACCGGAGCCGAGCGCGGCCGGCCGGUCAUGGCACACCCGCCGGACACGCACAGCGACACCACGCUGCGGGCCUGGCUGGCCGCAGUUGCGCUCAGCGACAAAGGCAUCAAGCUGGACUUCAAGAGCCUGGCAGCAGUGGAGCCCGCCAUGAUCCUCCUAGAUGCGGUGAGAGGUCGCUUGCAGCGUCCGGUGUGGAUUAAUGCUGACGUUCUCCCUGGUCCGAGCGGAACCAGCAACGUCGUGGACGCAAAGCCCUUUAUAGACACUGUGACGUCCUUCUUUCCCGCGGUGACGCUGUCCCUGGGCUGGACGACAGGAUGGCAUCCCAAGAAAGCCAGUGAAGGGUACAGUUGGGCGAUGGUGAGAGAGAUGGAAUCCAUAUGUGAUGGGCUGAGUCAGCCUGUGACCUUCCCUGUCCGGGCGGCGUUGGUCAAACAGUCCUGUCCCCAGUUACUCUGGCUGCUAAAGAGAUCAGACAGGUACAGCCUGACUAUUUGGACUGGAAAGGAUGAUAACUAUUCCACUGAAGAUUUGCUUUACAUUAGAGACCAUUUUGAUAAAAAGCAAGUUUUCUAUGACAUUUUAGAACCACAAAACUGUGAAUUUAAACAAGCCAUUGGAAUCACAGUUAAUCUCUAAGGAGAGUCUUCUGAAUUAUUUCCUGCUUUGGUUUCAUAUCCUUCUCUGCUUUGGCCUGAAUUAAUUGCCAUAUUGAUUGUGAUCCCUGGUUUAUGCUCCCUUCAUCCAAUGAGAAAAUGCUCAUGCGUGCUUCUGUUGGAUACCGGCCCUCCUGAGACUGGGUGUACCUAGAUGACCCAGGCCCAGGAAGAAGGGCUGGCAAGGCUGAGUCAGGACGACCAAGGAGCUGUCUCCUCAGUGGGGUUUGUGUCCUUUGUCCUGCCCAGAGUGGCCUGAACAAGGCUUCUCUGCUUUAUUAGAAUGGGAUCUAUCAGGAAAUGCCCCAAGGUAUGUAAUUUGCUUUUGUUAAUCCGCCACUUUUCUCCCAGGGAAUAAAUUGGUUUUGUGUAGAGAAGAGAGCUCAGUCUGAAUUCAGACAGGCUUUCCUUACAGCCCCCCUCACCAGGGACUUGGGGAUGUUUCCAGCCCCGUCGGCUCCUCCUCACUUAUCCAGAAGGGGGUGGCUGUGAGGCCUGAGUCAGCUCCUUGAGGUGGUGACCUCUGUUCCGGGGCUGUCGCGCAUCACGUGAUGGGUCAGCUAACACAGGUCCUCCUCCUGUAGUGAGUGCGGACCUAAGGGGGAGACAGACAGCCGCUCCCAGGGUGACACGGGGAGCUGUGCUUCCCACUUGAAAAUUCGUCUGGAGUGCAGUGUAGAGUGCUUUGCUAAAUAACACCCAAAACCUUAUUUUCUGUGGUUGUUUGCCAAAGGCCAAAGGGCAAUUUUAUUAAAAAAAGAAAAAAAAACUCUUAACAACUGCCAUUAAAAUAGCUUUAGAACUAUAGUAAAAAAUACUUGUCAGUGGGCCGGGGAUUUAGCUCAAUGGUUCCACCGCCUGCCUUGCAAGUAAAAGGUCCCAAGUUUGAUUCCCGGUACAAAAAAAAUACUUGUAAGUUUUUUAUAGUGACCAUACAUUGCUUUCAUAAAGUGACUUCAAUUAAUAAAUGAUAAUAAAUGAAUUGCAUUUUAAUGAAAUUUUAAAUAAAAUUUAUCCAGAAUAAAUUACUGCUUAAUUA